AGCCGAGCCAGGCCCGUCUCCACCUCCCGGCAGGCCCCGCCCCUCCCGGCAGGUCCCAUCGGCACCGCCGCCGCCAUCUUUGUUGGGGGCAGCCGGGCCUGGCUCUGGAGAUGCCGAAGUCGUGCGCGGCCCGGCAGUGCUGCAACCGUUACAGCAGCCGCAGGAAGCAACUUACCUUCCACCGGUUUCCGUUCAGCCGCCCGGAGCUGCUGAAGGAAUGGGUGCUGAACAUUGGCCGGGGCAACUUCAAGCCCAAGCAGCAUACGGUCAUCUGCUCUGAGCACUUCAGGCCAGAGUGCUUCAGUGCCUUUGGAAACCGCAAGAACCUGAAGCACAAUGCCGUGCCCACGGUGUUUGCCUUUCAGGACCCCACACAGCAGGUGAGGGAGAACACAGACCCUGCCAGUGAGAGAGGAAAUGCCAGCUCUUCUCAGAAAGAAAAGGUCCUCCCUGAGGCGGGGGCCGGAGAGAAUGGCCCUGGGAGAAACAUGAACACUGCGCAUGAGGAGCUUCAGUUGCCCCCAGAUGCUGCAGGACCCGUAAAACAGGAAAGGUUUAUUGUGGUGAGUGCCUUCUGUACAGUCGACUGCAAAUGGAACGCAGAGGAUGGGUGCCCAGAAGCGCCUGCGGCAGAGGCGCACGGGAAGCCCAGGGCCCAGGCUCAUGCAACAUGAAGCUCAGCGCGGCUCAGGCUGUGGGUCUAUCAUCGGGAAACAUUUUUUAAAAAUGGAGAUGAAUGUUACAGAACUGGACAAUCUGAAGUGCUUCUGAAAACCAGAGGAAGGAGGUUCUUUGCCGUGACUCAGAUGCCUAUGCUGGGGGGAGGCCUGACUAGCAACAGCUGUGGGUGGGCUGGAGGCUGGUGCAACUUCGGGGCCCCGGGGCCAGCUGUCUAGGGCACUGCCUAUGUGGCGCUCACUCUGAGGGGUCAGCGAGACGACUGAUGGCUGCCACUUCCAGGACCCAUGAGACGGGCCUCAGGAAACUUUACUGCAGCCAAAGCUCAGGCUGUUGAGGGGGCCCCAGCUCUGCCCCAUUCUGCAUCCCAAGUGGACAUGUGAAAGAAGGGUCUGAAGGGCAACUCUGGAGCACAGGCCCUGGUUCCCUGUGAGGAGGACUCAGGACCUGCCAGAGCAGCGGGUUGCAGUGCCACCUGCUGGGUGCCAUGGGCCAGGCCUGGAGUCCACACCUCUGAGUUCGGUGUCUGAGAUCUUGCCCACCCUUGGAAGCGCCUGGCCCUGUCCUCUCGGGCUGCCAUUACCCAGCACGGCACUCUGGAGGUGGGUGGUAUAGGCAGUGGAGGGACAGAAGCCAGCUCGAGCCUGCUGGUGGCAGGGUGUUUUCCCACAGGGAUACAGGAAGCCACCUUGUCAGGGACAGGCCCUGGGAUCGGGUGUUACACUACCCUGUACCAAGCUGAGGGGGCCGCUGGAAUGAUCUGAGCAGCUUUGGGAGUGGGGAAAAAAGACUAAUUUCCAAACCUGUUUGUUCUCAGUUAAAAAGCAGUUUUAUAAACCCGCAAUCCGGUCCAGAUUCACGCAGUAAUAUUUCAGCAGGAGAAGGUGGUCGUGGGAAGUCAGCCCAGCAGAUGCUCCCUGACCUGGAGGCCUGCCUGCCUUUCCACAUUGUUUCCCAUGUUCGGCAUGGAUUUCAGGAAAAGCAGCUCACGCUCCUGUGGUGUGGGCAGGGUGUUCCACAAACACCUCCAGACACAACCAAGAACUAUAGGGCGGCGCGCUGCGGUCAGCACGCGUGCUCAGAGGACCCGGCGGAGUCAAGGCCAGCGCCCUUCCCUCCAGGAACCAAUCCUUGGGAAAACAGCCAUGGCCACGCUGCAGUCUGGUUCCCAGUGGGGCUUGCCUCAGUCCUACCCCCAGCACCCUCAAAAGCUGGGGUGUCUGUGUGUCCCUUCACAUAAUUGAUAUGGUACCACCUCCUAUAAUAAUAAUAUAAAAUAAAAACA